UGAAAUGGAGGAACUGUAAAAACAUCAUUCUUCCAUCUCGGAAAUAUCUGCACACUCCGUAUUUUGUUGUCUCUUGACUGUUGCUGAAAAGCUUGUCAACGUAUUUGUCUUCUCUCGCGUUGAUUACCACAGUGCCCUACUCGCUGGAGUACCCAAGCCCAGUCUGAACAAUCUCCGGCAUGCCCACAAUUCAGCAGCCAGACGCCUGACCAGUUCCGCUGCAAGGGAUCACAUUACUCCUAUCCUGGAGUCCCCGCACUGGCUUCCUGUUAGGUUCUGCGCCGACUUUAAAGUCCUCAUGCUCACCUAUAAUGCUCUGCAUGGCUUGGCACCUCAGUACCUGUCUGACUCAUUAUCUGUCUACUCCCCACCUCACAGUCUUUGUCCGACUCUGGUCUCCCCUCUGUUCCCCAAGCUCAUCUUCACACCAUGGGUGACAGGGCCUUCUCCUGCUGCACCCCAGAGCUCUGGGACUCUCUCCCCCAGGAUAUCAGAGAGUCAAAUCCAGACCCAACCCUUCUCCGGAAAGGCUUUUUACUCAACUGAUGUCUGCGUCUGCCCCCGUCUGUCCCUUUGCAUCUUCAACCAGACUCAAAACCCUUGUUUUUAAUGUACUAACUUUUUAUCUCAUAUCAGUGUUCUUUUUUUUUUCUUACUGUAAAGCGCUUUGAGAAGGUACUUUAAAAGGCGGUAUCUACAUUUUUUUAGGAUAAUAAUCAUGAAAAACAGGGAUUGGAUAUCUCAUACCAGGCUGCCAUUUUAGAAUUUUCCUAUCCGAAACAUCCCACUCGAAUCACGUUUAUGUAAUGACUCAUAGUCGCGCAGCAAGAAACUAUUCAUGCAGGUACUUAUAUACCAAUGUCCAUGCCAGCUACACCCAGAAGGGAAAUUCUGUAUGACUUAUUGUUUGCAAACGUGUCAGUCUCAGACAUUAGUCUAUAGAGUUACAGAAGGCCUGUGCUCAUUACACUGUCAUUACUGGCUUUUAUCUCUGUGGAGACAGUGUACUUUCCUGCAAGAGACCGGUGAGUCAUUCCCGAAGGCAAAGGUCCUCAGUCAACAGUUCACCGCUAAUUUCAUCACAGAACAGUUUUUGGUAACUUCUUGCUCAUUAAUUAAUCAAUCAUUACAGAAAAUUUUUGAAGUAGAUUUAUCAAGUCGUAUUUAAGCACACUCGGAGCCUGAUACACGAGAUCUGAUUCUGAACAUUUUGCUUUCUGGAAAGUCCUUACUUCCUCCUUCCCAAAACUGCACUGGCUGGCAGCUGAGUGGUACAGCGCCAUCUGGAGGAAGGAUUGUGCAACCGUGUAUUGCCACAGGCAAACAGACUUCUGGACCUACCAAGAAUGCAGUUUACUUUAUUUGAAACGGGACAGUAUUGAUGUGGCAGUCCCUUAGAGCUUUUUGGAAAGGGAAGAAAGUUUAAAAACUGUUUAAAAUAGUGGAAGGAAGAUGGCCACCCUGAUUCUACUCCUUAUCUCGCUGUGGAUGGGAGUGGCGGCAGAAGGGUGCCCUGCGGGCUGCGUCUGUUCCCCCGCUGUGACCGACUGCAGCAGAGCUGGCCUCAGGAACCUUCCCUGGGACAUUGCACCCCAAACAGAGACUCUGUUCCUGUCUGACAAUCAGUUAACCAGCAUCCUGAAGGGGGCUUUCAGAAACCUGACAGCCCUGACCUUUCUAGGCGUAUCCAGGAAUAAAAUCUGCCCUGAGAAUGAUACUUUGGAGAGUCUCAUCAACCUCCUCUCCCUAGAUGUGUCUGAAAAUGACCUCCAGUCGAUACCCAUUGGUUUUCUUCAAGCACCGUUUAAAAUGGUCUGGAUAAACCUGGCAAAAAAUCAGCUGAAGACCCUCCCCGAUGGAACCUUUGCAAAACUACAAAGCCUCACUUACCUUGAUCUUUCAGACAACUCCAUGCUGCUACACAACAAUAUAUUUGAAGGUCUUGCACGUUUAAACACACUGAUUCUAUCUGGUAACAGAUUAACAACUAUACCAUCACAAUUAUUUGAUCCAACACCCAAACUUCAGAUACUGGAUUUGUCCAAUAAUGCCCUGACACAUUUACCUACUAGGUUAUUAUACCACCAACAUAACCUGUCUGAUCUGAUCCUCAAUAACAAUAGAUUUACUCAGUCUGUAUUGCCAGCCCUAAGAGGUUUAAGGAACCUAAGGUUUCUGUAUCUGUCAGGGAAUAGCAUUUCAUCAUUGCCACCAUUUCCCUUCAUUAAUCUGUCUCAUCUCACAAAGCUCACUCUGUCCAAUAAUUCUUUAUCGAAGCUUCCGGAUGGAUUCUUGACAGGUUUAUACCAACUCACAGUGCUAGACCUGUCAGGCAACUCUAUAUUUUGGCUGCCGAGAGAUGUUUUUCAGAAUAACACUGCACUGGAAUACUUGUAUUUGGACAGAAAUGACUUCUCGAAGAUGCCCAUGCUUCUGGGGCUGCAGAACGUGCAGGAGUUAAAGAUUUGCUGCUGUAAAAUACACCUCUGGCCAGCUGAGGUCUUUAUAAGUCACAUGGAGGAUUUAGAACUCUUGGAUCUGUCAAGCAAUUUCAUAGCAGAAAUGGACUUUGAUCUUCUCAAGAGUAAUCUCAAUUUAAAGAAAGUGCUGAUGACCAACAACCCAGUGUGUUCCACUGUCUCCUCAAAGUUAUCUAUAGUUCCUCCUGUGACAUGCAUCUGACAAAGGCUACUCAAUGUAAAAUGAUGUGGGGGUGAUGAAUCUGACGAAGCCUUGUUGUCAGAUUUGUCACUGGGGCUUUGUCUGUAUUCUUGGGAAACUUUUUUUGACAAUUCCCCUUGAGUCAGAAAAAUGCCUUAAUUGCACCAGUACUUUUCUGUUUGUAUAAAGGACUUCUUAAUUCUUAACAAAUCAUUUUAGAACUGAGCACGCAAUGCUUUAGGUUAAAUCUAUGAAAGCCAAUGCAGAUUUUCUGCUAUUCACACGGCUACACAUCAUCCAUGGUAAAAAUUUAUAAUGUGUCAUAUUUGUGAAAUGAUGAUUUUCUUCAACAUAAUUUUCUUCCUUUUAGCUGUGGGUUCAGCUAAGUGACAGAGAUAUCAGAUACAAUACAAACUCUUCACCUAUGUGGUCUUGGAAAACAGAAAAUGUCCAAUCACUUUUCUUCAACACUCAAUUAAGCUUAGAUUUUAAUUUGGAAUUCAAAUUCAAUUUUAUCAUUUAAUCAACCCUAUCAUGUCGUACUGUGCUUUCUAGUAUUUCAAUAGUUGUGUGAGCCCAAUUAACCUGCUGUAUGUCUUUACCUGCUGUAAAGACAAUUCAUUGCCAGCAACUACUGCUGCAAGUUGUAUUGUUGUGCAUUUGAUAAAUAAACUUUGAUUGACUUUGA